AUGUUUGGAUGCACCAAAACGCUCCGCAAUUGGUCAUCUGAGGGGAGAACUUCCACAGCACCAACCCACGUUUCUCUAUAUGACGUUGAUGAGAUGGCAUUGGGAGACCUAGGUCUUGAUCGCGAGGGCAUGGUGUUGGUUGCAUUGAUGAGCGGAGGUGACUAUCUUCCGGACGGAAUACCCGGUUGUGGUGUAAAGGUAGCCUGCGAGGCGGCCAAAGCUGGCUUUGGAAAAUCAGUUUGCCGCCUAAAGGUAUCUGAUACAGACGGUAUACAAGCAUGGCGAAAUUCUCUACGGCAUGAAUUACAAACCAACGAAAAAGGCUAUUUUAAAACGAAACACAAAGCGUUGAAGAUACCACAAGACUUCCCCAACAUCGAAGUUCUGCGCUACUACACCCAUCCAAUAGUGUCUCCCGAAUCCAAUAUUGAGGCUAUUCGUCAAAUGAUGGAACAAAAGCACGUACUUCAUCUAACCGCAUUGCGCGAGUUUACGCGAGAGACUUUCGACUGGGACUACCGCAUAGGGGCUGUAAAGUUUAUUCGAGUUCUGGGACAGGCAAUGCUUGUUCGCAACUUGGCCAAUUCCCAAAUCGCCGCCCAGCAUGUUAAACGCAUUUCUGGGCGACGAACACACUUUAGCACAGAUGCUACACCCGAACUACGGUUGGCGUUUAUCCCUGAGGAAGUUGUUCCCAUUGAUUUGGCGAAGGAGGUUGACGAAACUGUCAAUUCUGGCAGAAUGGGAUUGGCGCUGAACAGCGACGAGGAGUUUGGCACUCCUGAAGGCAUCUCUACCGUUGACGCACCAAAAAUGUUUGACACUUCCAAACCCGAUCUCGCCUGGGUGCUGGAAGGUUUGGUGAAAAAUUCUGCCCCUGGCGUUUUCCAAGAAUGGCAAUUGAAAGAACAGGCCAAGGCUGUCCGACGAUCUCCUACAAAGACAAGGAAAAAAACUAGCGCAACCAAAGCUCUCAAAGGCUCUGAUAUGCCUCGAGGCUCACUUGACAAGUAUUUCACAGCCACAAAGACAGCCCUUGCUAGCAACCAGGGCUCCUCCAAAGCUCCUGAGCCAAGCUCAUCGCUCUUGAAGAGCCUUGCGCGUCCCAAAGCCACACCGAGCAUAAGUAAGCAAUCCUCGUCCUCGCCUACGAGGAGUCCGAAACCAACGGCAACCAUUGAAGUAAUCGACAGCUCACCAGUCAUGCCUAGAUCCCCCAGGAGGCAACCAGACGCGAUCUAUAUUUCAUCAAGUCCCCCAGCGCCGGCAUCUAGUUCUCCUACCACAUCUCCUUCCCUGUCAGGUUCAGUUUACAGCGCGGCUUCCAAACUCCAACAGUCUAGAGAGGUUCCCGAGUCAAUACGCUCGAUUCUUCAGGCGAGCGAUUGCUCUAAGAGCCUGAGAAAUCCACUACAACGGCAAAGACAACAUCAGGAGCCCAAUAUGAGCAGCUCGACGUUGAAGCAAUCUUCUAUGGAACUUUUUCUCAGUAAAUCCAUGAGUAAAGCCACCAAAAAGCGAGCAAUACUGACGGACAAGGAAGGGGAAGGGGGGACAAAUUACGACUCGGACUUGGAAUCAAUAUCAGCGCUAGCACGGUCCGUCUCACCUGUUCAGCAAGUCUCGGAUGAGGAGACGGCUGCAGUUAGCCAGGGGUGUUCGUCUUCUAGGGAACCAGGGUCAUCACCAAAGAAGAAGCUUUUUAGGGCAAGGGCUUCAGGUUCCGGCUUUUUCGAGGAAGUCGAAUUGGAUGAAGAAGAGCGUAAUAUGGAAUUAAAUACGAAUCUCAGCAGAAGAAAAGCUGCCGUUAGGUGGAGUGACGUGUCAAUCAUUGAUUUAACAGCCACCGACGGCUAG